AUGGACGUUGUACGAGGAGCGUGUUCUAAGGAUAAAGUUGGUGGGAUGGUUUAUAUCCGGGAGGACAUUGCGCCAUCGAUGUUAGAAUGGAAGGCCAUUGAUGAUGAUAAAAAUUCCAUAUCGAUACCUUUGAACACGCUUGUUAAUCUCCAAGCAACCAAGGAAACUGUACCGAAAAUGAUCUUGCAAAUCAGUUAUAAGUCAGACGACGGUGCUAAUGAGCCAGAUAAGAAGUUGAAGCUACAUUUUAAUAAUAGACCUACGAUGAAUAAUAUUAAAGAUGCCUUGCAAGCAAUUGUUGUUAGAUCAAGAACUAGGGUCGAAGGUUCGUCGAGCCCGACUCCGGCGCCAAACAAAGAAGUCGGGGCAAACUCGCUGGCUACUUUUUCGUCUGCUCAACUGAAUUUACCCUCAACUCCUUCCUCCUCCUCCUCCUCCUCAUUGUCGUCGUCCUCCUACUCUUCAUCAUCAUCAACAGCAGCAGCAGCGGGUGCAGGUGCAACAGUUUCUUCUUCUGCUUCCUUUUCUGGGUUUCCACAAGCGCUCUCAGAUGCUGAUCUAUUGAAAGAUUUCCAGCUACAACAACGACUACUAUUGGAGGACAGAAAUCUACGAAAUACAUUCACUAAAUCAGUAAUGAAUUUCAAACUAUCACCAACAAUUUUUUGGUCAAGUCGAAUUAACCAAUUGCGUACUUUUGCUAUAACUGUGUCGCAACAUAGAGGCCCCUAUAAUGUAUUGAGUACCAUAAAACCAGUGGCAACUUCAGAUAAUCAAGUCAAUGUGAAUGUUACACGUGAUACCAUAAAUGAGAUUUUUGAAAUAUAUCCAAUAAUUAAAAAAGCAUUUACUGAUUUGGUGCCACACAAGCUACUGGAGGGUGAAUUCUGGUCUCGUUUUUUUAACUCCAGAUUGUUUCGCAGGUUGAGAGGUGACAAAAUUGGAUUGAAUAGUGGGCGCGGCGACGUUGUGUUGGACAAGUAUUUAUAUAUGGAUGAGAAAAGUUUAACAAGAACUAAACCCAGCCAAAAUCAUGAAGAGAAAAGGGCACCAGAAAAUGGCAGCAACUCGCCAAAGAGACAAAAACUUGCCAAUGACACAGAAGAUGUUUCCAAGAAUGACAAUCCACGGAUUGAGAAAUUUCUCGAUUUAUUCGGUAAUGAGCAGGAUAAUUCUCAAAAAUUGGGAAAUAGACCCGAUAUGACUAUGAGGUAUGAAAAUGAUAAUGACGAUGAUGACGUGCUGAAAUUGCAAUCCAGUAAAAGGUCAUCGGGUAGGGAAAACGAAAUGAUCAUAUUAAUGAGGAAUAUGAAUAAAUUGUCUUCGAAGAUGAUGACCAUGAGUUCUAGUGACGGUGGAAGAGACUCAUUUCUGGAUGGUGUACAAGGUGAAAAAACAGUAGAUGGUUUAUCUGCUGCCGAAGUAAAUGAAUACGAAGAAGAAUUAAACUUGCAUGAUCUUAACGAAGUUGAGGAUGCCCAUUAUAUCAGAUUGAAUAUCAAUACAAAUAAUGUCCAAACCGCCAAUAUUGAAAAUGACACAAGCAAAGAAGAAGAAAAUCAAGUGAGCAACGAAGAAUUGAUGAGUUUUGCUCAAGAACAAUUCCAAAAACUAGCACAUGAAGGAAUAUUUGACCUAACCGAUACAUUUAGGGGCAAAAGCCAUGAAAUUGAAGAAACAUCAGCUAAAAUGUCCUUAUUAAUUAGGCAAAAUUUCAAAACAUUUAAGCUUUUAAAUAAAGAUGACCUAUCGAUCUCAAGCACAGCUGCUGCAUUUGGCAAGCAACCACAAAACAUUAUUCCCGAGAAAUUAGUACAAGAAAUCAUCUCUUAUAAUAUCACAGUUGUUGAGUUUUUAUCUCAUUUCUGGAAAUUGUUUCUCCAGGGGAAGAACCCGCAGCAAUUGAAGAAGAUAUUCACAAGUUUGAAAAACUGUUCCAAUCUGAUAAAAGAGUUCAAAAAGAGAGCUAUUUCGCAACUUGAAUCUAUUGACCUUGUUUCAAGAAAUGAAAAAUUGAAAGAAAAAGUAACAAAGGAUUUCUAUUCAUGUUUGGAGCCAAUGGAAGUAAGUUUAGAAAAUGCAUUAACCAAGUAUACCGAAGCCAUUCAAAGCUCAAACGGCAAUUGA